AUGGGUGACAAAGGAAAAUGUACUUUCGGCACGAGGAUGCCUAUCGACAUUCACAUGCUCAAUGAAAUCAUUUACCGGGAAGUGAAAAAUUUCAGGAAUUACAAAAUUUACAGACCGAACUUUGGGUCGAUCCCCGUAGCAACGAAGUUUUACGCAGCCCAUGACCAGCUGAAGUCGGAAUCAAAGGAACAAACCGAGAAGGUAGACAAUUAUCACCACAACGUAGCUCAGACCCGGUCGAAGGGGCCACACAGCAAGUACCCAUCGCCAGCUACCGAGAACCAAGUAUACGGAUGGUACUUCAAGCCCUUGCUUCCUAUGGACAGAAACGACCGUCGGUUCUACAACCCUAAAAAGGAAAGCACUCACACUAAAAUUGAAAUUAUUAUACUUAUGUCAAACCCUAAGAGUAAAUCUUAA